AGCUCUCCACCAUCGCGCCUAUACGGAAGAGAGUUCCCACAAUCUACCGCAUCAUGGGCGAGAAAGCUCGGUUUUUCUACUACCCGGAGGUCCGGCAAGGCCCCACCGUGCCGUACAAGAAUGAGGACCAGGUGAUUCCUGUUUUCCGAGGCACUCCUCUGGCCAUCGGCGCCAGCCUCAUCCAGAACAUCGGCCUCGUCCAGAACUACUUCUGGCGCAAUGCCGGCUUCAGCAUCAUCCGCGAUCUGCCUCUCGACCAGUACUCCCCGCGAUACGAUCCCACCGUGAUCCCCGUCCUCGACACCGAUAAUAAUACCACAUCCACCACAUCCCCAGCGACGCUGCCCGUGCCCACCGAGAAACGGACAGGAAAUGUCGGAUACUAUACCACAGCCGACUACGUUGCUCUGUACAAGUCCGGAGAAUUGACUCCCAUCGUCCUCGUCGAGACCCUGCUCCCGUUGAUCCGCCGCGAUGCCAGCCCGCCGGGCAAGCACUCGGUCGCCUUUCUGGAUUCGCAGGUCGAGAGGAUCCGCGCGGCUGCGGAGGCAUCGACGCAGAGAUACAAGGAUGGAUGUCCGCUCGGUCCGCUGGAUGGCAUCCCCGUUGCCAUCAAGGACGAGGUGCACAUGGAGGGAUACCGACGGACACUGGGCAGCAAGAUGGAUUUCACCGGCGACGUCCGCGGCACGUCUUGGUGCGUGAGGAAAUGGGAAGAAGCCGGUGCUAUUGUCAUUGGAAAGACUACCAUGCAUGAGCUGGGCCUGGACACCAAUAACAACAACCCCAACUACGGCACGCCGCGAAACCCCCACAACGCGAACUACUAUUGCGGCGGCUCAUCGGGGGAUCCGGCUACGCCCGGGUCACCGACCGUCUCCCUGGCCUCAACAGUAGGGGUGUACGGCCCGAUGGCAUCCAACCUCGACGACCUGGCGCUCGCCUACCGCAUAAUGGCGACCCCCGCCCCCGCAACCGCAGACCCCCUCUCCUCGACCUUCCCCUCCCCCCUGUCCGAACUCGCCGCCCACCUCUCCCUCAAAAGAUCCCCCAGACCGAUCGGCAUCAUCCCCCCCUGGCUAACCCACACGCACCCCACCGUCCUCCGCAUCUUCAACCGCGCCCUCGCCCACUUCACCUCCCUCAACCACCCCAUCCUCGAACUCGAUAUCCCCUACCUCCCCGAAGGCCAACGCGCACACGUCCUCACCAUCAUGAACGAAAUCGCCUCCGGCCUCACCCCCUCCCAAAUCUCCUCGCUCACGGCCCCCAACAAAGUCCUCGUCUCAAUGGGCAUGUGGCAAAUCACCGGCCAGGAUUUCCUCGCCUCGCAACGGCUCCGUAACCUGCUGAUGGCUCAUCUCGCGUUCCUGUUUCGGGAACACCCCGGUCUGGUGAUCCUCACACCUACAACCCCGAUCCCCGGGUGGGAGAUCGAAGGCGGGGAGAAGGAUCUCGUGAAUGGGCUGUCGGAUGGGAAGACUUCGGUCAGGAAUAUGGAGUUCGUCUGGUUGGCGAAUUUUACCGGGUGUCCGGCGGUGAGCUGUCCCGUUGGGUAUUGUGGGAAGGAUGGGGAUGGGGAUGCGGUUCCGGUGGGCUUGAUGGCUAUGGGCGAGUGGGGGACGGAGGAGGAUCUGAUUGAUUUUGCGAGGGAAGGGGAGGGGAUUUUGGGGAUGGAGGAGGAGGAGGGUGCUUCGGGAUCCGGGUUGAGUGUUCCCGCUGGUUGGGAGGAUGUUGUUCGGCAGGCUGUUGAGAAUAUGCGUUCUUAGUAUGGAUGGAGCUUGUAGCUUGUAGAAUGGCUGGUAUAGUGGGUUGGACGGGACUGAACUAGGUCCGUUUCUUUUGAGGUUUGGUGCUAGGUCGGUUGGUUGGUAUCUGAUAUGAUUCAUGGAUACUCCAUCAAUAAUGUAAUGGUUGGGAGUGGUGAUUGUCAGUCAUGUAGAGGGACGGGGUGGUGAUGGAGUUGAUUAACUUAACCAUGUCUAUACACCGUGGCAUAUCUAGUAUCCAAUAAUCAAUCGUUGACU